CACCUAGAACCUUCUUCUACUUCUCUUUCUUACUCACCCUAUUUCAUACCAAAACCCAAAAUUUCUCCCAUUCAUAAUCCCAAUUCUCCCUCUUCACCAAUCAUAAACGAGAGCCCUAAUCCCCUGUUAUCUUUCACUCUUUUUCUCUCUCCGCGAUUCAUCUCUCUUGAAUCCAAUCCAUGGCACCUAUGGGUCCCGGCUUCCGAUUCCACCCCACCGACGAAGAGCUGGUGGUGUUCUACCUGAAGCGCAAGAUCACCGGAAACCUGUCCCGGUACGACCACAUCGCAGUGGUUGAUGUCUACAAGCUCGAGCCCUGGGACCUUCCCCCUCUGUCGAAGCUCAAGACCAAGGACUUGGAAUGGUACUUCUUUAGCGUGCUGGACCGCAAGUAUGGAAAUGGCUCCAGGACCAACCGCGCCACCGAGAAGGGCUACUGGAAGACCACGGGAAAGGACCGCCCUGUGGCCCAUGGCGACCGCACCGUGGGGAUGAAGAAGACCCUCGUGUACCACAUCGGUCGAGCCCCACAUGGCCGUCGCACCAAUUGGGUCAUGCACGAGUACAAGAUGCUCGAUGAAGAAUUGACUCGUGCUGGCACAGUGCUGGAUGUGUAUGUGGUAUGUAGGAUUUUCGAGAAGAGUGGUGCUGGACCAAAGAAUGGGGCCAAGUAUGGUGCUCCCUUGGACGAGAAGGAGUGGGAUGUGGAUGAGGAGAAUGAGCAGAAGGAGGUGGUUGCCUUACCUGCGACUGCUCAUCGUGUGGUGGUUCCCUUGACGGAGAUUCGUCCUAACGUGGUUGCUCCUCCUUUGCCCGCGACAGCUGCCGUGGCUCCUCCUGUGGUAGCAACUGGUGGUGACUUUUGCGAUGGUAUUGGGGUGGCUCUUCCUUCGGUAGCAACUGGUACUGAUUUUUGGGAUGAUAUUGGGGCCUUUUUGGAAACUAACGACCUUGACGGGGUUGGAUGA